UAAAGGCUGAUGAGAUGCUUGUAUGCAUUUUGUCCAGCAUGCUAACAAUACUGCCAGCUCACCACCUUACAGAAGGGUAACAUUGACUAUUAAGAGAGUGAGGUCAGUGAUGACUGUCAGUAAAUGUUAACUGGUGGAAAAGAGAAGGAAGGGUAGAAAUAAAGUGAUACAGUUUGGUGGUAGAGUGGAAAGAAUAUGACCAGAUUAAUGUUUUCCUUAAUAGACAAGCAGUAUGGGACAGUGAAGAGGAGAAAGGGUGUGUGACAGUGAGAUGGUAAGGGAAGCGUCUGGUGUAGAUUUAAACAUGUACUCCUAUUGACCCCUAGUCAUUUGUUCUCCAUGCUCCCUUAGAUGCUCAUUAGCUCCCCCAUUCAGCCUUCAACUACAAUGUAAGAGCGUACUUUUGAUGCAAGUCUCAUAAAAUGCUACUCUAAUUUCUAAAGCUGCAAAUAUUACAUAAAUUUUCACUUCAAAUUUUGCGUAAACAAUUGUAAGUAGAGUUGGCAUGGAAACAAUUGUAACUAAUCAUUAAAGCUGUCUUAAAGUAUUUCUUUUAUUAUUUGGAUUAUACACAUACAAACACACACAAGGGGCUUCUUUCAGAUUCCAUCUGUCAAUUCCACUCACAAGGUUUUUGGUCAACCUGGGGCUGUAGUAGAAGACACUUACUCAAGGUGCCUCACAAUGGGAUCAAACCUGGAACUAUAUAGUAGGGUAUCUGAUGGUAUUGAGAUUUUGAAAAUGAAAGAAUGACUUGACCAAAGAUAUAGGGAACAUUGUUUGAGAAAGUUCACUGAAGAAACUAUAUUCAUUAUUGAAAUUAUCGAAAGAAAUAUUUCUCUGAAAAUUACAGAACUAUGGGUUUUUAGAAAAUUUUAUUUAUUUGUAAGUAAACCUGAAAGUUAUGGAAGAUGAACUGAAUGAGAGUCAGGUCCAUAAUGAAACACAGCCUGAUGAUAAUAAUGUUUCUCAUCAAACAGAGAAGGCAUCAUACAUGUGUGACAUCUGUGGAAAGUCUUUUAAAUUUAGAAGACAUUUAAUUCAACAUCACUCUGUUCACAAAAGCCAGAAACCAUACAAAUGUGAUGUUUGUGGUAAAACAUACUCUUUAAAUAGUAGUUUAUAUAAACACACACUUUCUCACACAGGAGAGAAACCAUACCAUUGUGAUAUCUGUGGUCAAAAUUUCUCUGUUAAAUAUUCUUUAACUUUACAUAAACGUAUUCACACAGGUGAAAAGCCAUAUCACUGUGAUAUCUGUGGUAAAAGGUUCUCUGUUAGUAGUUCAGUAACGGUGCACAAAGUUAUUCACACAGGCCAGAAACCAUACCAUUGUGAUAUCUGUGGUAAAGCAUUCAGUUUCAGUUCCUAUCUAUCUAAACAUAAACGUCUUCACACAGGGGAGAAGCCAUGCUGCUGUGAUAUUUGUGGUAAGACAUUCACACAAAUUUCUCAUUUAAAAACUCAUACACGUGUUCACACAGGAGAAAAACCGUAUCACUGUGAUGUUUGUGGCAAAAAGUUCUCUACAAAUGAACAUUUAUCUAGUCACAAAUAUGUUCACACAGGGGUAAAACGAUAUCACUGUGAUAUUUGUGGUAAAGCAUUCCCCCGAAGUGGCAAUUUAAAGAUCCAUAAAUUUCUUCAUACAGGAGAAAAACCUUAUCACUGUGAUAUAUGUGGAAAAAACUUCUCUACAAAUGAUUAUUUAUCCAACCACAAACGCAUUCAUUCAAAGGUAAAAACCUGCCGUUGUGAUAUUUGUGGUAAAGCAUUCUCUCGAAAUAGGGAUUUAUUGACACAUAAUCGCAUUCACACAGGUGAGAAACCAUAUCAUUGUGAUGUUUGUGGUAAAUCAUUUACUAUAAGUGGUCAUUUAACUAAACACAAACGUAUUCACACAGGGGAGAAACCAUUCCAUUGCAGUAUCUGUGGAAAAAACUUUGCUAGAAGUGGAUAUUUAUCCCAACAUAGACGUAUUCACACAGGAGAGAAACCAUUUCACUGUGAUAUCUGUGGUAAAAAUUUCGCUUUAAGUGGAUCUUUAACCAAACAUAAACGUAUUCACACAGGUGAAAAACCAUUCCAUUGUGAUAUCUGUGGUAAAACUUUCUCUGAAAGUAGUUCUGUAAUAUCUCAUAAACGUGUUCACACUGGAGAAAAGCCAUAUCAUUGUGAUAUCUGUGGAAAAACAUUCACUGCUAGUAAUUCAUUAUCUGCACAUCAAACUAUUCACACAGGAGAGAAACCAUACGGCUGUGAUAUAUGUGGUAAAGCUUUCUCGCGAUCUGGUAAUUUAUUGAGACAUAAACAUAUUCACACAGGACAUAAACCAUAUCAGUGUGACAUAUGUGAUAAAACGUUCUCUUGCAGUUCUUACUUAGAUAAGCACAAACAUGUUCACAAUGGAGACAAGCCAUACCAUUGUGACAUCUGCGGUAAAUCAUUUUCUCAAAAUAAUCAUUUAUUGAAUCAUAGACAUAUUCAUACAGGCGACAAACCUUAUCACUGUGGUCUUUGUGGUAAAACAUUCUCUCAACAAAGUACUUUGUCUGUCCACAAACGUUUACACAAUUGAGAAUCUAUGCACCGUUGAUAUUUCUGUUAGUAGAUUGUCACACUAAGCUUUUUGUAAUGAGUCGGCCUGUAACCAUUUAUAUUUUUAUUGAGAAUAUCAACCAAGCAUUUUGUAGAGACUUCAAUAAAUUUAGAUCUUUAGAAAAUAUUAUAGUAUCAGUGAAAGGGAAUUUCUGCUUGAAGCUGGUGAAUUUAUAUUGCAUCCAACUUUCAACUUUAAAACAGACACAUCUGAAAAUAUUGAUAUCAAGCUACAUGUUAAUAAUAAUGUCCAUUU